CGGUAUUUGACCUCUUUUGGUGGUCAAUUUACACGCAUUUGGUUCAUUGAAAUCAGAACCCCACUCAACAAUCAGCGCCCCUACCAUACCGGCUGAUUCACCAUAUCGAAAGCAGUAAAGCAAGCAGGGCAAGUAGUAAUAUUCGGCUCCCUCUGACGAGUUCCCACGUUACUAUAAUAAUUUGGUCCAUUCCCUUUAAUUUAGCUCUCUUCAUUGAUCACUUCACGGUCACACCCCUGUUCACACGCGCGAGUUGCUGUGAAAUAUUGUUCUCUUUACUCUUUCAGCUUCUUCUCUGGCGUACCACAGUAUGGAUGGAGGAAGAAGGAAGAGGAGACUGGACGGCGAAGAAGAAGAUAGCGAGGAGCAGAAGAUGGAGAAGUUCUUUGCCUUGAUAAGAAGCACUAAAGAGGUGCGUGAUCGCCUCUCUAAAGAGAGAGACAGUAAUAAGAAGUUGGAGGAAGACAAGUUCAAGAAUAUUUGGAACCCAACUUUUCAACCUGAGGAUUUCGUGCCCGAUUAUCAAGAUUCAGGAACUAGAACCACCCACCCGGCUGGUCCUUCCAAUGAGAAGGAGGUCGACAUAGUACAAGACAAAGAAUCCGAGCCAAUCGCGGAAGCUGCGCCGCCGCCCCCGCCCCCGCCCCCGCCGCCUCCUGUACAUGAUGAAAAAGCUAACGAAGAAGAUAAGCUGGACUUAGACCUCAAUCUUUCUUUAUAGCGCAUUAAGCCGAUUUUGUGUUGUGGUUUUGCGUCGGAAAUGAGUAAUCUAGCUUCAGAAAUCGUUGUGACGGGCUUCUUAUUUUAUCCUUGUUUACUCCGACCAUUAAUACACCACAUCUUGCUAUACUUUAAUCGAGUAAUUUCUUUGUCUUUUCUCUACUCUCUCUCAACCCCUUUUCUAAAUAAUACUAGUCUCUCGUAACUUUGAUAAA